CCCUGUACAAACUGAGCCUGUCGUCUUGAAUGUGUAGACGUGUCUCCAAAGGUUGGAACUACAGAAAAUUGGUUCUCAAUAUUUAAAAAUGAAGUGUACAUUUUAUUUAACUCUUCUGAGCUUAGCUUGUUUGUACUUGAGUCAUGUUAAUGCGCAAUAUAAAACAAAGAACAGCCAGGGUCCCUCCCUAAGUGAGCGUGUACAACAAUUAAGUGAAAUGGCUAUGAAAAAGCCGGUACUUAGGUUCAAUGGCGGAAAAUUUAAGGAGUUUGUCAAGACUACUCCCAGGAAUUAUUCUGUCAUUGUCAUGUUCACAGCAAUGGCACCACAGCGGCAGUGUCAAAUUUGCAGACAUGCGAGUGACGAAUUCACAGUUGUAGCAAAUUCUUUCCGAUAUUCCCAGUCAUACUCGAACAAACUAUUUUUCGCAGUUGUUGACUUCGAUGAAGGUUCUGAUGUUUUUCAAAUGAUGCGUUUGAAUACAGCACCAGUUUAUAUACAUUUCCCACCUAAGGGUAAACCAAAAUCAACUGAUACUAUGGAUAUUCAGAGAGUUGGAUUUGCGGCUGAGGCUAUUGCUAAAUGGAUCUCAGAACGAACAGAUAUCCAAAUUAGGGUGUUCAGACCACCAAAUCACUCUGGCACAGUGGCUGUUGUGAUGUUGUUGGUAUUGAUCGGUGGAUUCUUGUAUCUCAGGCGCAAUAAUUUGGACUUUAUCUACAACAAGACGAUAUGGGGCCUUAAUGCUCUGUUCUUCACAUUUGCGAUGGUCUCAGGACAAAUGUGGAACCAUAUUAGAGGGCCCCCAUUUAUCCACAAAUCACAAAAUGGGGCAGUUGCUUACAUCCAUGGAUCCUCACAGGGACAAUUUGUCCUUGAAACUUACAUAGUCAUGGUUCUUAAUGGUGCCGUGGUAUUGGGAAUGAUUUUAAUGACAGAAGCUGCAGCUCGAAAGGGAGAUGUUAGGAAGCGAAGAAUUUUUGCUGUCAUCGGCUUAGGUCUAGUCGCGGUUUUCUUCAGUUUGAUUCUCUCUAUCUUCAGGAAUAAGGCUCAAGGAUACCCAUACAGCCUUCUGUUCAAGUAAAAAAUCUCUGGCAUAUUCGAUGGCAAACCAUCCCUCCGAAUACCAACACUUAGCAAUAAAUGAUCGUUGCGAUUCUGAUAGAUAUACCAUUCAUAAAGUAAUAUCAUGACAAAACAAUAUCAAAUGUAUGAAAAGCCCAAGACUCCUCAGCCGAAAAUUUCUUCGUGCUUUACAGGGAAUCCAGCAUCGCAUUACAUUUUUAAUUUUUGCACAUGUUUAUCUGUAUGAUAACGAUGAUGAAUCUGAAUUCCAUACAUCCACUGCAUGGAGAUAAUAAAUUGCAACAUUUCGACGUUA